GAAUAUUCUGCAACGCCACUGCAACUGAUUGUCUCUCUGCACCCUGCCAGAAUGCAGCUACCUGUGUGGACAACAUGAACGACUACGCCUGUAUCUGUGCCAAAGACGGUGUUCGAUACAUGGGCAAACACUGCGACGAACUGUAUGACGCCUGCUCCUUUGCUCCAUGUGGAGACUGCUCCAGCACCCCUGGGGAAACAGAGUAUUACUGCAUCUGCCCGGACGGUAUGGCAGGUGAUAACUGCACAGAAGAGGUGGACGAGUGUGAGAGUAACCCCUGCUCUGAGCCCCGAACCCUGUGUGUGGACCAGCUGAACGGAUACUUCUGCAGAUGUUCUGAAGGCUUCGGAGGACAGGACUGCGGGACACACGUGACCGACUGCAUCGAUGAACCCUGCAGGAACAACGGCACGUGUUUGUUGAGACGAGAGGGCUUUGAGUGCCACUGUGCACCGGGGUUCGAGGGGAAGACGUGUGAGGAAGAUGUGAACGAGUGUUUGUCCGAGCCCUGUCAGAACGGAGCCAUAUGUUUGGACGGAGAGGCGGAGUUUCACUGCUUCUGUGUGCCCGGGUUCCAGGGAUGCAACUGUGAGAUCGACAUCAAUGAGUGUGCGUCACGACCCUGCGAGAACAACGGCACCUGCAUCAACGAGAAGGACCACUACGAGUGUGAGUGCCUGGAGGGAUUCGCAGGAGUGAACUGUGAGACGGAGAUAGAUGAGUGUGAGUCCGACCCCUGCCACAACGGAGCCACGUGCCUCGACCUGAUCUCCGUUUACUCCUGCCAGUGUCUGCCCGGAUUCACUGGCAUCGACUGUGAGGUGGACGUGGACGAGUGCUUCAGCGAGCCGUGCCUCAACGGAGCGGUGUGUCAGGACAUGGUGAACAGCUAUGAGUGUGACUGCAGUGAUACAGGUUUCCAGGGAGACUUCUGUGAGCUGGACAUCCCAGAAUGUGCCUCUGAUCCCUGUCAGCACGGAGCCACAUGCUCAGAGGGAGUCAGAGAAUACACCUGCCUCUGCUGGCCAGGUUAUGAGGGACCAAACUGUGAGGUGGAUAUCGAUGAGUGUGCUGAGCAGCCGUGUGAAAACGCUGGGGAGUGUUUCGAGCGCUCCGACCCGUCUCACUGGGAUCUGGAUUGGGAUCUGAGCUUUGCAGACGCAGCUGGAUACAUCUGCCAGUGCCAGCAAGGGUUCGCAGGAGAGAACUGCUCCGUAAACAUCGAUGAAUGUGAGUCUGAGCCGUGCCAGAACGGAGGCACCUGUGAGGAUCAGAUCAACGGAUACACCUGUACCUGCGCUCAGGGAUUUCUAGGUGAGCACUGUGAGGUGGAUAUUGAUGAGUGUGAGAGCCAGCCUUGUCAAAAUGGAGGCUGGUGUGAAGACGGCCGUGCCUCCUACACCUGCCACUGUCCUGAAGAAGAGCCGGGAGAACUUCCCUGGGGAGGAGACCUCUGUGAUGUGAAACUCUACGGCUGUGUGGACCACGAAUGCCAAAAUGGAGCAACCUGCCACCCCUGGUUAUCGGAGGAGAACCACGGCCACACCUGCCUCUGCCCUCACGGUUUCUACGAUGAGCAAUGCUCCACCAGAACAACCUUCUCCUUCUCCACCCCUGGGUUUGUCCUCAUCCAGGUCGAUCUGGAGGAGAGGACACGAAGGGAAGUUGAACACCAGAUCCAUCGGGGUCUCGGGGUCCAACUACGCUUCAGGACAACUAUUCCCAACAUGCUGCUUUUCUACAGAGGAGACAUGGACAACCACCUCAUUCUGGAGAUCGUGAAUGGCGGUCUUCACGCUAAAGCCUUCUCUGAGGAGUCUGAGCUGGAUGUGAGGUUUCCUGGUCUGGUCAGUGAUGGAGGAUGGAGGGACGCUCAUGUGUUUGUAGAUGACGGAGGAUUGGUUUUGAUCGUUAGGGGUCCAGGAUGUGACAGAGACGGGUGCAGAGUGACGGACGGAGGUGCUGAUGAACCGCCUUUCCAGCCCUCUGAAGCCUUCUCUCAGAUUUAUAUAGGAGGAGCACCAGAGGAGCUUUUAGAGGUUUCUGUGAGCGGAGCAGGGUUUAUUGGAUGCAUGGAGGACUUGAUGAUCGACUCUAAACCCAUUCUGCCUCAAACUCUUCCUGAAGACCAGGUUCAUGAGCUGGGCUGCAGUAAAACUGAAUGGUGUAAGCCGGACCCCUGCAGUGGAAACGGCCGCUGUGUGGAUCUGUGGAUCAGCUUUCAAUGUGACUGCUACCGGCCGUACCACAGUGACAGCUGCUCUGAAGAGUUCCCUUCAUGGACGUACAGCCACGAGGACACGAAGAGCUUCAGUGUGUACGACGUGGGGAAAAGCCACGAGAGCAGCUUCAACGUUUCCUUCUUCCUGAGGUCCUUACAGCCGGACGGACUGCUGUUCCAGCUGAGGAAACAAUCAGUGGGGCGGGAAGAGGAGGGAGAGGUCUAUUUCUCCGUCUACCUGGGCAUGGGGAGGCUGUUUGUCAGCUCUCUGCCUAACAGUGCCCCUCUGACAGCCCCCAUAUUCGUGACGACUGGCGAAAAACAGCUCCUUCAGGUGGAGGUGCAGCACAAACAGGUGAUUCUUGAGCACUUAGGCCUGCGUUAUGGGAUAGGAGAGAUCCCCGAAGUGACUGUGAACAGUGGAGAUCAGGCCUUUGUGGGGGGGCUUCCAGCUGAGUGGGACUCUGAAGGUUGGGGGGGGAAUUAUAAAGGAUGCCUGCAGGACCUCAGGCUGGACUCGGUGCAUCUGGAUGUGGACGCGUGGAACAGCUCUGAAGACGAGGAGGUGUAUCUGCCGAGCGACGCUGAACAUAUAAAGGAGGGCUGCGUCAGUGACGACACCUGCAGGACGAAGCCUUGUCAGAAUGGAGGAAGGUGCACCAUCACCUUCAACGACUUCACCUGCUCCUGUGCGGAGGAAUACACCGGAAAGACCUGCGAGACGCGGGUGUGGUGCGUCAGCAACCCCUGCGUCAACGGGGGACACUGUGUGGACCUGCCUGACGGAUACGAGUGUGUGUUCAACGCCACGUUUGAGAACAACCCUGUGCAGUUCAGCGCUGGCGGCUCCCUCUCUGAUCCCGUCUCUAACGUCUACCUGGAGCUGAGGAGCCGCUCUGAGAACGCUGUGAUCCUUCGUGCCUCGUGGGGCUCAGACCUGCUGCUCGUGGGCCUCGUGGACUCCUCCGUGCGGGUAGAGAUCCACACGAGGAACAACGUGGAGUCGCUGGCCUUCACGGGAGUUCGUCGAGUGGCAGACGGCAGCUGGCAUCGCGUGAACAUCUCCAUGGCUGAGAAGCGGCGGAAAGCCUCUCCUUGGAUCAUCACCGUGGACGGGAUCACGGACGCCAGCAGCUUCCCUCAGAGGACAGGAAGUAUCCGCUUUCUCAACGAAAAGGCCUCAACGUUGGCCAUCGCUGAGAGUUUCACCGGCUGUUUGGGAGCAGUGAGGGUCGGAGGGGUCUAUCUCCCUUUCGUGGACGACUAUAAAGCCCCCCAGGUGUCUCAGUUCCACUCAGUUGGGAAACCAAAGAUCGGAUUGGGUUGUAGGAGCGAACCGGUGUGUGAUUCGGACCCUUGUGUGAACGGAGCCACGUGCGAAGACCUGUUCAAUAAGUUUGGCUGUGUGUGUGACCCUGGUUGGGAGGGGGAUCGGUGUGAGAGAGACACUGAUGACUGUGCGUCUCAGCCCUGUGUUCACGGCAGCUGUCGGGACCACUUGGCUGGGUUUGAGUGCCGGUGCCACCCUGGAUAUGCCGGCACUCUGUGUGACGAGGAUCUGAACGAGUGUGAGCUUCAUCCCUGCGAACAUGGAGGCACGUGUCAGGACGGACCCAACAUGUUCACCUGUGUGUGUCCAAAGGGAUACAGCGGGCCCCUGUGCCAGUGGAACUACCCUCCGAUACAGUGUGUUGAAGACGUGCUCUGUGAGAACGAUGGCGUCUGCAGUGAUGGACUGUGGGGAGCAAACUGCACCUGUGUGCCCGGAUUCACAGGAAGCAGGUGUGAGUCGGAGAUCGAUGAGUGUGUGUCCAACCCGUGUCGAAAUGGAGGUUCCUGUUUGGAUCGAUUCAACAUGUUUGUGUGUGAAUGCCAGCCUGGCUACAGCGGUCCAAUCUGUGACACUAACAAACAAUUUCAGAAACAGGUGAUCCCGUGGCUGAUGGUGGCCCUGCCGCUGCUCUGCUUCUGCGUUCUCAUCCUGGUCAUCGGCCUGACCUUCAUGGUGCUCACGGCCAGGAAGAAGCGCCAGUCGGAGGGCGCGUACAGCCCCAGCACUCAGGAGGUGGCUGGAGCUCGGCUGGAGAUGGACAGCAUGCUCAAAGUGCCCCCGGAGGAAAGACUCAUCUGAAGGGGCGUUACAUCUGAUCUGAGCUCUGCAGGCAGGUGCACAGGACACACAAUGAAACACUGAACAGGUGGUGAUCCAGGCUCAUUCACUCACUGAAAUGUGUUCAGCACUUAGCUCAUUUAUCGUAAAACUCUACACUGUAGUCGUUUUAUAGAUCCAACUAGUGCAUAGAGGAGGGCUUUCUUUUAAGAGUCAUGGCACAGUGAAGCAUGGACUGUGGAAAAUGGCUUCUGGUGUUAGAGGAGUAUCCAGAACAGUAGAGCUGCUGGUCCUCUGAUGGCCACUAGAUGAUGCCGGUAAGAACACUUGGAGUGAAAAUUAGUGAUGGGAAUUACGGCUCUUCUUAUGGCUCCAUUCCUUUCCGAGAGCCGUUCAAAAGAGCCGUUUUUCUUUUUAAGGGGGCGGCGUUAAUAGGUUUAUCUGCGAAAUAACCACCAGGAUAAUGAUUGACUGUAUUGCCAGAAAUCUACUUUUACUCACAGAAAAAUGUUUAACUUGCUAGAUCUCUCGGCCAGCCAAACUACUACUCAAGCAACACGCGUUAUGCCAUCAUCAUCUACGGAAAAUGUGCAUUCAGGAAAGCGAGUUCCCGUAAAGGCGAGUGGAUUUAUGGCAGGCAGUGAACCAACGAUAAAAAGAACGGCUCUCAUCAAGUACGACUCGGUUCCCUUAGUUCGUUCAAAAGAAUCGGAUCAUUCGCCAACGUAAUAUCACUAGGCUGAAGGUUGUUCCAACUGAUCUGAGCACUGCAGGCAGGUGCACAGAACACAAAAGGAAACUCUGAAACAGUGGUGAUCCAGGCUCAUUCAGGCUCAGUCUUUUAUCUAUGGCAGGGAACUUCACCUGUUUUAUAGAUCUAACUUUGUGCCGCAAGUAAAUACCGCUAGUGAAUUGUCAAGGGGGGGGGGGGGGGGGGGUGCUCGUGACUUAACCGACCGGCCCCAUGCUUGCCAACCCAUUUUCGCGGGAGACUCCCGAUUUCAUUGCCCUCUCCCGGUUUCCUCCCAGGGUCAUAUUUCUCCCGCAUUUCUCCCGAUUUCUAACAAAAUCAGAUUUACUCAGGACUGUUUCCA